AUGGCGACGAAUGUCUUGAUUUCGGCUCUUUUACUCUUGGGAGGUUCCCAAGGAUUUGCUGCUACCACUGGAAUGCAUGUCGUUGCUGCUAGUUUCUUGUUGCCUCUCAACGUGGUUGUAUAUACUGCUUUGGGUGGUUUGAAAGCGACAUUUGUCUCAGACUGGAUCCAUACGGUGAUCAUUUAUGGAGUUUUGCUCGCUACUGCUUUCACCGUUUAUUGUUCUUCGUCUCUCAUUGGGUCCCCGGGAAAGAUGUACGACCUUUUAGUGCUGGCACAAGAGGCUUUCCCUUCCGAAACAGGCCAAAGUUACCUUUCUUUCAAUGACAAGUCGAUGUUCUUUCUUACCUGGUCUGUGGCUGUUGGUGGGUUAAGUUCGGUUUUUGGCGAUCCAGGAUACUCCCAAAGAGCAAUUGCUUCUGAUGCUUCGAGCGUGUUUACUGGUUACUUGAUGGGAAGUCUCUGCUGGUGGAUUAUUCCGUUCUCUCUUGGACUGUCAGCGGGCUUGGCAUGCAGAGCAUUAUUGACCAACACUGCCUCGGUCACAUUCCCCAAUGCUUUGUCGUCGUAUGAGGUUGAUGCGGGAUUGCCAGUGAUUUAUGGAAUGGCUGCAGUCUUUGGCAAAAGUGGUGCUGCUGCUGGUUUGGUAACAUUGUUCAUGUCUGUGACGUCUGCCACUUCUGCCGAGUUGAUUGCGUUUUCUUCGGUCACUACGUACGACGUUUACCGAACUUACGUCAACCCCGGUGCUUCUGGAAAGCAAUUGGUCAAUGCAGCUCAUAUAUCUGUGGUUGGAUUUGGUAUUUUCAUGGCUGCAUUGGCAACUGCACUCAAUUAUAUUGGAGUCACCGUUGGCUGGCUUCUUAGUUUCUUGGGAAUCUUGUUGACUCCAGAAGUCAGUGCCGUAACCUACACGUUAUUCUGGCCCAAAAUGACCAAAUUGUCCUUGAUAAUUGGAUGUCCUCUCGCUACCGCAACUGGUAUUGCAAGUUGGAUUGGUGCUACCUACCAUUAUGCGGACGGAGUACUCAGUAAAGAUACUUUGAUGACCACAGAGGCUACUUUCAUCGGAAAUUUUGUCUCGUUAGCGAGUGGUGCCAUUUAUAUUGCUGUAUUUUCGUUGUUGAAACCCGAUAAGGAUGCGUUCGAUUUGCGUAAUUUGAAUGGAGAACUCACUUUGGCAGACGAUGUUGAUAAAGAAGAGAAAGAAGCAGUGCUUGUAUCCAAAGAUGUGCAAAAAUUACUUAAGAGACAUUCAUGGCUUAGUUUGCUGGUGAAUCUUUUCGUGGUUCUUGGAGUGUACAUUAUAAUUUGUGUUGCAUUAUAUGGAACCAAGAGAGAUUUGUCAAAGAGCUCUUUCACUGGUCUUAUCAUUGUUAUGUUGAUCUGGCUCGUUGUUGCGUCUGCGUAUAUCAUUCUCUUUCCAUUAUGGCAAGGAAGACAAUCCAUGGCCCGCAUUGCGAAACACUUCAUCCUGCGAGGAAAAUCUGAAGAACUUACGAAAACAGAACAAAGCUCUGACCAGGCAACGCUCGACUCCGAGUCCAAUGUUUCUAUCAUUGAGGAACAUCAUACUAGCAAGGUGGCUAAUGUGGUAGCGUGA